AAUUGAGUACAAUGUCCCUUGCAGAAUUCAAUUCAAGUAUAUUCAUGUGUUAUAAAACUAAAGAAAUUGGUUAUAAUCAUGGAUAAACUGGAGUUUUGGGAUUAUAGUAUACAAUCUUUAGUAUUACUAGACACAUUCCUUAUCACAUGUGGAAUGAAUUAACUCCUUAUCUAUUAAAUAACUCGAUGUUUCGCUUCGGUUACCAAAGUUGCUGAUUGGUUAUACUUUAUCGCAGGCAUAUUCAUGAAAGGCACCACCGUCGAUUUCCAACUUCCUGUUACGGUAUCACUUAAUCCUAUAGAUCGUUUGCCACGGCGAGCGUUUUUUAAAUUACUCUAUUAGUAUGAAGUAUCCAGAAAUUUGGUUAUAAUCAUCUACCCAGUAGAAAUUAUGCAAAAUGCCAAGACGUCAGUUACCCGCUUCAAAAUGCCUUCAAGCGUGUUUUUUCAUCUUUAUAAUUUUAACAGUUAUUGUCAAUGUAACAUUCUUCUGGCAAAUAUUUCAAAAUAUGAAUAAAUCUAAGAUUGAUACAUUUAAAAGAUCUCCAAUAAGAGUAAGGAAUGUUGCUAUAGAAAUUUUAUCAAGUCAUUCAAAAGUAAGUGUUACAGUCGGAGGAACAACUGUUCUAGAUGAUUCGAAUGAAAAAACUGGAAGAGGAAUACACGUUGUUGUUCUAAAUGAAGUGACAGCUUCAGUAAUGGCUUAUAGAAAUUUUGAUACUUACGUUCGUGGCGAAGAUGUUUUUCUACUAGAAUUUUUAAGAGACAUAUCGAACGGUCGUAUUAUUAUUUUAGCUAUCAAAGAUGAAGGAUCCUUUUCACUCGGUAAUGAAACUCGAGCAUAUAUAAAAUCGUUGGGUUCUAUACACGCACCGAAUCUGCGUUGGAGAGAUAUGUGGAGUUUAGUUGCCGCUAAAAAUCGAAACGUAAUUGGAGAAGGUAUGAAUGCGUCUCCACAAUUGUCAUCAUGGGGUGAACCGCUUUUCCUAAAUGCCCAAAUGAUUCUUGAGGAGACAAGAGAAGUAUGCCAUUGGAGUGGCAAUGACGCAGAUCGUCGAAAAAAUUUCUGCGACAAACUUGAGGGUUAUUCUGAAGUGUGUAAUUGUAAUAAACCUGUAUCUAUUUCUUUCGAUCCUGAGGAAUUGGAGGAAGAUAACCUGCAAAAUGUUCCAGUUGUAUUAAUUGCUAGUAAUCGACCUUAUUAUCUUUAUCGAACAUUAAGGAGACUUUUAUCCACUAAAGGAGUUAGAAAAAAGAAUGUAAUAGUUUUUAUUGAUGGAUAUUUUCAAGCUCCGUUGGAGGUGUGUCAGCUUUUUGACGUUCAAGGUAUACAACAUACCCCUAUUGGUCAGAAGAAUGCCAGAAUUCAUCAGCAUUAUAAAGCCAGUCUUACAGCAACUUUCAAUUUAUUUCCGUCUGCUCAGUUUGCUCUAAUAUUAGAGGAAGAUCUCCUAGUUGCUCAAGAUUUUUUUUCUUACUUUAGCCAAACAAUUCACCUUCUUAAAGACGAGGAUAUUUAUUGUAUUUCGGCGUGGAAUGAUCAAGGUUAUGAACAUUCUUGCCAAGAUCCGUCACUGCUAUAUAGAGUUGAGACAAUGCCUGGUUUAGGAUGGCUACUAUCAAGAAAUUUAUAUAAGCAAGAGCUUGAGCCAAGUUGGCCCUCUGCAGAGCAGAAAUGGGAUUGGGAUAUGUGGAUGAGGACUGAGAGAAUUCGUAAAGGAAGAGAAUGCAUUAUACCGGAUGUUUCCAGAACGUAUCAUUUUGGUUCCAAAGGAUUAAAUAUGAAUAGUUACUUUCAGAAGAGAUAUUUCGAAAAUCACGCUUUAAAUAAACAUACAAAUGUUCGUCUGCAUGAGGUAAAUAGUCUAAAAAAAGCUGAAUACGAACAAACAAUGGAAAAUCUUAUUCAAUACGCAACAGUAUUAGAUAAGCCUUUUACAUGUAGCGAGGACUACAUCCCGAAUACAACUCGGCAAACUUAUGUCGUCUAUUUUGAAUGGUUGACAAAAAAGGAGUGGAGUUCAUGGAAAACGUUAGCUAAAUGCUUUCACCUUUGGGAUAUAGACUUAAGAGGCGUCCAUCGAGGAGCAAUAAGAAUAUUCUUGAAAAAAAACCACAUAAUCUUUGUUGGAGUUCCACUAUCUCCUUAUUCAAAGUUCAAACCUAAAGCUCUUAAGCCAAUCAGCAUUCAAGAGUCUACAGUAAAAACUUAA